AAUUAUUCUUACGGUAUGUAUAAUAACCAAACAAACCCCAAAAAAAGACCAUUAGCAGAAAUUAACAAAGACAAGCAGCCAUUAACACUAAAUUGCAUGGUUGUAGCCAUUGAUCACAAUAACCUUUUUUACAGAGUCUGCUCAACAUGUGAAAAAACUUUACCUGAUCCUUCUCCAAUUACCCAUUUACCCUUUUGCAAAUACUGUAACUUUAACAACCCUGCUUCAUCUGGUUCUAAACGCCUCUUUCGUGUACUUAUAUCUAUAGCUACAGAGAAAAAGGUGAUUGUGGUGAUAAUGUUUGAUAGGGCAGCUAAGGUUUUGUUUGGUUGUUCUGCUGAUGAGUUCUUUGAUUUUGCAAAGACUCACCCUUUUGCUGCUGCAAAUGCCGGUAAAGCUUUGGAGGGAGAGAUGUUGAAAGUCACCUUGUCCCAACCAAAGAAUGGGAAUGCACGGCAUCUACGAGUUAUAUCAGUUUUGCCAUUGCGGACUGGUUUUCAGCCUGUGAUCAAGACCUUGAGGGAACUAUAUCGAGCAAGAGGUGGUUCAUAACGCUAGUGCAUUCAGGUGAAUGACGCUUACCAAGCCAGUUGCAGAUAAGGUCAUACUCUCCGUCGUAAAUGAGUAGAUUGAUACCAUCCUCAAGAAGUGCAGGAAUACUGGCUUCAUGAUUCUUCACCCAGUCCGUCCGCAUAGCCUGAUAAACUUUUUUACUACACGAGACAAAAUCAAUGGCGGGGGGAACACCUAGGGCUUCCUUAACUUGGGCAUCGUUGAGGUAAGUGUCCACUCUCGAGAAGUCAUAGCAGAGGUUUCCCUCGCAAGUCUUCCGGAUAUCAUAGUACUGCAGGUGAAAAAAAGUUACAAAAUCCAUUCGUUUGUUAUAAAACAAAUAUGCUUGUAGUUAUAUGACACCGCCGUCUCAUGGAGAAAAAAACUCAAAAAUGUUCUGAAUUCUUUACGUUUAUAUCGCCCGCAAUGGCCAUUAUACUGCUGAAGAUGGUUGUGCAAUCACUAUAUCCAUCCGAACAAGCUUCUUCACUACCAUUUGCUGCCAAUAUUUUCACAAAACAUUACUGAUGUCAAUAAUAUGUGCUAUUUCACUGUC